GGAAGUUCGCUGCUGGCAGCUGGGAUAAUCUUUGCCCUUGCCGAGUUCUUUGGCACCUCCCCUGUUAUUUGUAGUUCCUUGAGAAUGACUCCAAGAAACCACCUCUCCCAAGACUUUCAGUAGCCUGGUGAAUGAGGGCCACUCAGUGCAGCAGUUUGGAGGCAGGCCAUUUGGUUCUGGGUUCUCAGCACUCUGCUCCAAGACUCCAAGAAAGAAGAAUUAAGGAGAAGGGAAUGACUUCUGUUCUCCUAAUGGCCAGAUCCCAGAUACCACUGACAUUCGAAGAUGUGGCUGUGGACUUCACCUGGGAGGAAUGGGGACUCUUGGAACCUUCUCAGAAGGACAUGUAUUGGGAUGUGAUGCUGGAGAACUAUGAGAACUUUGUCUCCCUUGGAGGCAUUCCUGUUUCCCUACCAGAUGUGAUUUCCCAGAUGGAAAGAAUAGAGGCCCCAUGGAUGGCAGAGGGAGGAGUCCUGAUUAGCACUUUUCUAGAUUCUCCUAAUCAGAAGACAAGAUGUGAAACCAAGGAAUCAGCUGUAAAGCAGAAUAUUUUUAUGGGACAGUCAUUGAAAGAGAGAUUCAUAAAGGAAGGUCCCUGGCAUUCCACAUUGGGAGAAACUUGGGAUUGUGAUGUCAGGUUAGAAAAGCAGAAAGAAAAUCAAGAAACACAGUCUCAGGAGGUAAUAUUCACUAAUGAAUCUGUUAGUGAAUGUAAUAUAUUUAGGAGAAAGCUCAACCUGGGGUCAGUCAUUAUUCCACAACAGAGAGUUCAUAUGGGAGAAAAUCUUCCUAGAUACAGUACCCUUGGAAAGAGUUUGAAGCAGUUUUUUGACCCACUUAAACCUAAGAGAAUCUCCAUUGGGAAGAAACUCAAGUAUAAGAAAUGCAGAAAACCCUUCAGUUACCAAUCAGACCUUAUUCUUUACCAUAGAACCCAUCCUCGAGGGAAACCCUAUAAAUGUAAUGAAUGUAACAAAUCCUUCAGCAAGAAAGAAAGCCUUAAUGCACAUAAAUUAAUUCAUACUGGAGAGAAACGGUUUGAAUGUAGUACCUGUGGGAGAGGCUUCAGAUACCAUUCAUCCCUUAAACAACAUCAGAUAAUUCAUACUGGUGAGAAACCUUAUAAAUGCAAUGAAUGUGGAAAAGGCUUUAGCCGGAGGGGAAUCCUUAAGACACAUAAAUUAAUUCAUACUAGAGAAAAACACCUGAAAUGUAAUGUAUGUGGAAAAGGCUUCAGGUACCCUACAUCCCUUAGGGUACAUAAGAAAAUGCAUACUGGAGAGAAACCACAUAUAUGUAAUGAAUGUGGGAAAGCAUUCAUCCUGAAGGGAAACUUUAUAAACCAUAAGAGAUUUCAUUCAGGUGAGAUGCCUUUUGAAUGUAAUGAAUGUGGGAAAGCCUUCAUGCUAAGGAGAGAUUUUAAUAAACACAAGAGAAUUCAUACUGGUGAGAAACCCUAUAUAUGCAAUGAAUGUGGGAAAGCCUUCAGAUGGAAUGGAAGCCUUAAAUCACAUAAGAGAAUUCAUACUGGAGAGAAACCCUAUGUAUGUAAUGAAUGUGGGAAAGCAUUCACCAAUUAUCAAAGCCUAACUUAUCAUCAGAUAUUUCAUCCUGGAGAGAAAAUUUUUCAGUGUAAUGAAUGUGAGAAAGCAUUUACACAGAGGGCAAACCUUAAUCGACAUAAGAGAAUUCAUACUGGAGAGAAGCCCUAUAUAUGUAAUCAGUGUGGAAAGGCCUUUAUUGUGAUGGGAAACCUUAAAAGACAUAUGAGAAUUCAUACAGGAGAGAAACCCUAUAAAUGUAAUGAUUGUGGAAAAGCUUUCACCAAUCAUCAAAGCCUAAUUCAUCAUCAAACAACUCAUACUGGAGAGAAAACCUUUCAGUGCAAUGAAUGUAAGAAAGUCUUUGCCACAAGAGGAAACCUUAACAUACAUAAGAAAGUUCAUACUGGAGAGAAACCUUAUGUGUGUAAUGAAUGUGGGAAAGCAUUUAACCUCAAGGGAAAUCUGAAUAUACAUAAAAAAAUUCAUACUGGAGAGAAGCCCUUUGAAUGUAGUGAUUGUGGAAAAGCCUUCAGACAGAAUGGAAGUCUUAAAAGACAUAAAAGAAUUCAUACUGGAGAGAAACCCUAUGAAUGUAAUGAAUGUGGAAAAGCCUUUACCAAUCAACAAAGCCUAAUUUACCAUCAAGUAUAUCAUACCAGGGAGAGACCCUUUCAGUGUAAUGAAUGUGGGAAAACCUUCAUCCAGAAAGGAAAACUUAAUAGACAUUCAAGAACUCAUAAGGGAAGUCUUUAACCAGAUGGGAAAAAAGUAAUAUACAUAAAGUAACUCUUACUUGGAAAAACACAUUGAAUUUAAUUAAUAUUGCAAAGCCUCUAGCCAGAAGGGUUAAAUAUAUUUUAAAAUCCAUACUGAAGAGAAACCCUCUAAAUAUAAUUAUGAAAAUCUAAAUUCCCAUUGAUAUUUCAUUGCAGUGAGAAGCUAUCAGUAUGAGAAAUGACUCAUACUGGAGAGAAAACCUUUUAUGCAAUGAAUGUAAGAAAGUUUUGCUGCAAGAGGAAACCUUAAUAUACAUAUAAGAAAGUUCAUGCUGGAGAGAAACCUUAUGUAUGUAAUGAAUAUGGGUAAGCCUUCAAUUGGAAGGGAAACCUUGAUUCAUGUAACAGAAUUCACUCAAUGAGAUGAUCUUUGAAUUUUAGUAAUAUGGGAAGGCUUUCACCAAUAAUCAAAGUUUAACCCAAUAUUAAAUAUUUUUCAUGCUUAAGAGAAA